AUGAAGGUAUUAGCAGUGUUCGUAUCAUUUUGCGUAUUUGCUUUACUAAAACAAGCUGACGCCGCUGUGGGAGGAGGGGCUACGGUAGAAGAUUUAGCUGGGAGAGUCUAUAAAGAUAUUAGCGUUCAUAAACACGGGAGUGAUGAUAUAAAUAAAAUUGCGUACUUGUAUAUUCAUUAUGAAGAUGAACUGGAAAAGCCAGAUUAUAAGAAUAAAGUUGUUAAAACGCUUUUCGACAGCAAGCGUAAGAUGCCGCGUAAACUUAAACAAAGCGAUACUCCUUAUUACCCAGGACCACCGGACCUUCAAGACCUUGACCCUGGCGAUUGCCACAAUAGCAACCUCAUGAUUGGCACCAUCCCUGGAGUGGACGGACUGCCUAAACUAAAGAAGAUAUUAGAUCCAUUAUCGCGCAUAGAUGGACCGGCAAAAUGUCCCAAGCUCGUGAUAUUCGGAAGAAGCAAGUACGCUGAUAAAAAAAUCGAUCUCGAUGGCUGGCCAAUGGGCGAUGAUGGUUUGUUCAACUGGAAAAAAAUUGUCGGAAAGUAUUGUGGCCACACGGAAUUUUUCUACUAUGUCCACCAAAAACCAAAGGCGGAAACAGUUCUUGCAUUGUUUGCAAAUAAUCAUGUUAAUAUUGAUUUCCAGUCAAACCAUCCAUGA